AUGAAACAUGAGAUAUUCCUAGCAAACACAUUUGUCAGUGGUGUAUUCUUCAUUGGAAUACAAGGUAGUAGGAGUAUCAAUGUACUAGAGCGAAUAUGCCUUGCUCUGAUAUUCUUCAUAGUCCAAUUCAAUACAAAUAUCUCAUACUAUUUAUGUGUGAUAUUAUACAACAGUAUCGCCAAUAAUACGAUGACAAUUGAGUUGAUUGAUAGAAUACGUGGUAUACAGAUAUUAUUAUGUAAGGUUGAACUCUAUUUCAUUGGUAUAAUAUUCAUACUGAUGCAAUAUUGGUUAAGGAAUUUUGGUAAUUUAAGGCGCAAGUUAUUUCACAUUGUAUUAUUUUACACACUAAUGAGACUAAGUAGAAGUGAAACCAUGGUACUGAUACGAAUUAUAGAAGUAUUGCUCUAUUUGUCUGUAUUAUUACAGCGAAAUAGAAUGGUAUUGAAAUUUAUUGAUAGGUUUAGAAAUGAAAAUGAUACAGGAUAUGUGAUAUACUCCCAUAGUUAUCUGUUAGGAUGCAUCAUUGUAUCAUUCUACUCAUUAGAAUACGAGUUGUUCACCAAAUCUCUUAUAUCACUCUGCAUUCUGGACACAUUUACAUCAAUUACUAAGGAUUUUAAAAAGAAAAAGGUCAAAAACAAUAUUGAUAUGGCACUGGGAAUAAUAUGUGCUAAUUUAACACAUCUGUACUUGUAUGGAAGUGGUGAUUUGUUAUUUUAUACAAUGAUUGGAAUAAUAGAGCACAAGAAUGUGAUCAACGAUAACAUUUCUAUCACAACAAUAUCAGUUAUAUACUACAGAAAUAUCAGGAAAUAG